GAGAGAAAGAGCCACCUAGUCAGUGAAUGAGUCUGGGAAGCCAGAGAUAGCUUAAAAAGGAGGGUGGAUGAAAACUGAUCCGGACUCUUGUUAGCGAGGGGAAGAAAGAAAGAAAAAAGACCGCUUCCAGGGAAAAGGCAUUCAAGGAAGAGAUGGCGAGAGAGGUUUAAGAGAAUCUCCACUGAGUCCUCGAGAAAUUCAGGGAUUUAAAGUUUAGGGUCACCGAACUGCUCUUUUGCUUUCCUCCCAGCCCGCCACAUCUUUUCGAUGGCUGUAGUAUCUUUUGGCUGUUUUUAAUUUCAUCUGUCCCCCCCCCCUCCCCGGGAAGAGGGAGGGAGAAAGAGCAGUUUUUCUUGGGUCAAUUUUAUUUUUCUUCAACCGAAAGGGGCAUGUCCAUCGGCUUUCCCCCCUCCUGCUCCUACAAGGAAGCCAACCCGAGGAUAAUCUUGAAAUAUACCAGUUCCCUCGGAUUUGCUGCUGCUGCUGCCUCCACCGCCUCUCCUGCUGAUGCGGUGCAGUGCCUGGACACUGGGAAUAAAUUAACACGGGCUCUUCUGUCUAUAUAGCCCCCUACCUAUUGCCAUUUCUUACGAAGAUCACUGAUGUGGUGGGAGCUCUGCCUGGCAGCCUCCUGUGCCUAGCUUGCAUGAUUUCCCAGCCCUCCGUCGUCGUCCCCCCCUUCCCUUUUUUUCCAGUUUCGUGUGAAGGGAGACGGUGAUGGGGAAGACAAGAGAAAAUGAAGGGAAAGGAAUGACCAUAAAUCGUUGUUGAAGCUCGCCUCAGUCUUUUGCUUUUCCUCUCCGGCCCGUUAAACACGGUAUUUCUCGAAGGAGGAGGGUGUUGUUUUUUUUCUUUGGAGAAGGAGGAAGUGUUGGCGUCGGGGAGGGGGAUCUCUUUCCCCUUUUGGAGAUGGUGGUGCUAUUCUUCUUUGCCUUAAACUGGAUGGUGGAGGGAGCCCUUUCGCAGCUUCACUACACAGUGCAGGAAGAACAGGAACAUGGCACUUUCGUGGGAAAUAUUGCGGAAGAUCUGGGCUUGGACAUUACAAAACUUUCCGCUCGCCGCUUCCAGACGGUGCCUAAUUCGCGAAGCCCUUAUCUGGAUCUCAAUCUGGAAACCGGGGUGCUAUACGUGAGUGAAAAGAUCGACCGGGAGCAAAUCUGCAAGCAAAGUCCGUCUUGCCAGUUGCACCUAGAGGUUUUCUUGGAAAAUCCGCUGGAGCUGUUCCGUGUCGAAAUCGAAGUGCUGGACAUUAACGACAACCCGCCUGCUUUCCCGGAGCCCGACCUGACAGUCGAGAUCUCGGAGAGCGCCACGCCGGGCACCCGUUUCCCUUUAGAAAGCGCUUUCGAUCCAGACGUGGGGACUAACUCGCUGCGCACCUAUGAGAUCACCCCCAACAGCUACUUCUCCCUGGACGUCCAGACGCAACCCGAUGGCAAUCGCUUCGCCGAACUAGUACUGUCCAAGCCCUUGGACCGAGAGCAGCAGGCGGUGCACCGCUACGUGCUCACGGCCGUGGAUGGUGGGCAGCCCCAACAGCGGACCGGCACGGCUCUGCUCACUAUUCGAGUACUAGAUUCCAACGAUAAUGUGCCCGCCUUUGAACAGCCCGUCUAUACUGUCUCCCUGCCGGAGAACUCGCCGCCCGGCACCCUGGUGCUACAGCUCAAUGCCAGCGACCCGGACGAAGGCCAGAAUGGCGAGAUCAUCUAUUCGUUCAGCAGUCACAUCUCUGCCCGGGCGCGGGAGCUCUUCGGCAUCUCCCCACGGACCGGGCGGUUGGAAGUCAACGGCGAACUGGACUACGAGGAGAGUAGCGUGUAUCAGGUGUACGUCCAAGCCAAGGAUCUGGGGCCCAACGCCGUGCCUGCUCACUGUAAGGUGCUGGUACGGGUGCUGGACGCGAACGACAACGCUCCCGAGAUCAGUUUCUCCACCGUCAAAGAAGCGGUGAGCGAGGCGGCAGCUCCAGGCACGGUGGUGGCUCUCUUCAGCGUCUCGGAUCGAGACUCCGAGGAGAACGGGCAAGUGCAAUGCGAGCUGCUGCAAGGCGACGCGCCUUUCCGCCUGAAAAGCUCCUUCAAGAACUACUACACCAUUGUCACCGAGGGGCCACUAGACCGAGAGCAGCCCGGAGGCGACGCCUACACUUUAACAGUGGUGGCACGGGACAUGGGUGAACCGCCGCUGACCACCAGUAAGUCCAUCCAGGUGCGAGUCAGCGAUGUGAACGACAACGCGCCCCGCUUCUCGCAACCCGUUUACCAGGUGUACGUGAGCGAAAAUAACGUGCCCGGAGCCUACAUUUAUGCCGUCAGCGCUGCGGACCGGGACCAGGGCGCCAACGCGCAGUUAGCCUACUCCAUCUUGGAGAGCCAGAUCCAGGGCAUGUCGGUCUUCACCUACGUCUCCAUCAACUCCGAGAACGGUUUCCUCUACGCGCUGCGCUCGUUCGAUUACGAGCAGCUCAAGGAGUUCAGCUUCCAAGUAGAAGCCCGUGACGCGGCCGGAGGGGGCGAGGAACCCAACGGCGAGGAAGCGCUAGCCGGCAACGCCACCGUCAACAUUGUGGUCGUGGACCAGAACGACAACGCGCCGGCUAUCGUCAGCCCGCUGCCGGGCCGCAACGGCACGCCGGCGCGAGAGGUGCUGCCCCGAGGCGCCGAACCGGGUUACUUGGUCUCCCGCGUGGCGGCGGUGGAUGCGGACGACGGCGAAAACGCGCGUCUCACCUACAGCAUCGCCCGGGGCAACGAGGCGAGCCUCUUUCGCAUGGACUGGCGCACCGGCGAGUUGCGCACGGCGCGCAAAGUGCCCGCCAAGCGAGAUCCGCAGCGGCCCUACGAGCUGGUCAUCGAGGUCCGCGACCACGGGCAGCCCCCGCUAUCUUCCACCGCCGCCCUCCACGUGGUCUUGGUGGACAGCGCGGUGGAGCGCCAGGGGGCGGGCGCUGGCGGGGGCGGGGGAGGAGGGGGUGCUGGGGGGCUAGUCCCUGGGGGCGCAGGAGGUCCCGGUGGAGAGCAUCGGCCCAGCCGCUCGGGCGGUGCCAGCAGCGCCGACACCUCGCUGGACCUGACUCUGAUCCUCAUUAUUGCCUUGGGGUCGGUCUCUUUCAUCUUCCUGCUGGCUAUGAUCGUGCUGGCCGUCCGCUGCCAGAAGGAGAAGAAGCUUAACAUCUACACGUGUUUGGCCAGCGACUGUUGCCUGAGCUGUUGUUGCUGCUGUUCUUGCUGCAGCCGCCAGGCGCGGGCCCGUAAGAAGAAGCUCAGCAAAUCGGAUAUCAUGCUGGUCCAGAGCUCUAAUGUACCCAGCAACCCAGUCCAGGUGCCCGUAGAGGAGUCGGCAAGUUUCAGUUCCCACCACCACAACCAGAACUAUUGCUAUCAGGUUUGCCUCACACCCGAGUCGGCCAAGACCGAUCUGAUGUUCCUCAAGCCUUGUAGCCCUUCCCGCAGCACAGAGGCGGAGCACAACCCUUGCGGGGCCAUCGUCACGGGAUACACUGACCAGCAGCCCGACAUCAUCUCGAAUGGCAGUAUAUUGUCUAGUGAGACAAAACAUCAGCGGACAGAACUCAGUUAUCUAGUUGACAGACCUCGGCGUGUAAACAGUUCUGCAUUCCAGGAAGCAGACAUAGUAAGCUCUAAGGACAGUGGUCAUGGAGACAGUGAACAAGGAGACAGCGAUCAUGACGCCACUAAUCGAGGUCAAUCCACUGGCAUGGAUCUCUUCUCUAAUUGCACAGAGGAAUGUAAAGCAUUGGGUCACUCAGAUCGGUGUUGGAUGCCCUCUUUUGUCCCUUCUGAUGGACGGCAGGCUGCGGAUUACCGCAGCAAUCUUCAUGUACCUGGAAUGGACUCUGUUCCAGACACCGAAGUGUUUGAAACACCAGAAGCCCAGCCAGGGGCAGAGAGAUCUUUCUCCACCUUUGGCAAAGAGAAGGCCCUUCACAGCACCCUGGAGAGGAAGGAACUGGAUGGACUGCUGUCUAAUACACGAGCGCCUUACAAACCACCAUAUUUGAGUAAGUACUGUCCAAAAAGGAUGCUAGAAAGUGUUCCUUUUGUAGGAGUAAAACAUCAUUUCCAAUAUGCUUGCUAGGAAUAGAUAAAGACAAUGGGAGGACCCCCAUCCCAUUCUUCUGAAAUUCUUCACUCUCGUCAAUUACUCUCCAUAUAACAUUGAUUUUUUAAAGAAAAACAGUUAUGGCAUUUUAAGCUUUCUACUUCUAGGACACCGUUGAAGAUUAAUUUAUUUUUUACAAAACAAAAAUCCCUAGCUUGUUUUUUAGAAGUUUUGCCUUACUAUACAGGGUCUUAAGUAAAGAAUUAACAACAUCAUCAUUUCUGCACAUUAUGUAGCCGUUUGUGGUGCCUCUUCAUUGAAAUUCAUUAAGCAUCAUAAUGUUUUUACCAUGGAGUAGUGCUUAGAGGACAUCUUACAGGAAGUUAUACCUUCCGUCUACUCCACUAUUUUUUUUUGUUUCCUUGAUCAUACUUCAAUGAAUUUGAAUGUUCUAUUUUGAUGUUUUCUGAAUUUUUAUGAUCUUCAUUCAUAUGAUAAUGCUUAUGUAGGCAACACAGAAGGUGCUAUAUAUUUCUUUAUAUGCUUCACAUUAUGAGCUAGAUAAAAUACGUUGAAUGAAGAUGAUAUAUUACUAAGUUUAUCAACCCAUUUUUAUAUUGCAAGAGUAGAAUUUUUCCGUUCAUUAGAAAUAUAUUCAGUGAUUAUUAAAAUCUAUAUCAUUGGAACAGAAGAAGGCACCGUUCAUCAGCAAACCAUUUAUUUAAUAGUACAACUAUGGCAAAUAUUUCAGGGAGAUUUUUGAAGGAAAUUAAAGACUGAAAGACAGCAGAGGUGAUAACAGCAAUUUCAAAUAAUACACUUGCUACUAGAGUACUUCAUUUGAUCUCUUUUACUCAUCCUUAUUUUUGUCUUGAAAUUAGCCCGUUGUAAAAUAAGGAUUCAGUCUGAAAUACAGCUUUUCUUUUAGAUUGAAUAGUUGAGAGAAUGGACAAUUUUUAUAUCACUGUUAAGAUUUAGAUACUACUUACAAGAACUUCAUAUUAAAAAAAACAUACAUUCCCAUGAGCAUCAUCUGGUGUACAUUUGAAAUUUUGGAUAAAGAUGGAGUUGACAGCCUGUUGUUCACAUCAAGAUCCAUCCCAUGCACAUUCCAUUCAACAGCUACUAUCUUAGAGGCAUGCUGCUAAUAUCCACAACCUGAACUCAGAUCUAUCAUAUUUUCUUUCUUUGUUUUAUUCAGUUUACAAAGUGCAUCAAAAAUGACAAGCUAGCAUCCAAAUUUGCAAAACCUUAAUUUUCAUUAGAAUUCAGCAUUUAAUUUCCUAAUGAAUUGAAAUAAAUGCUGUGUUACAAGUUAACAGCAACCCAUAUAUAUUUGUGGGGUGGAAGGUGGUUUUGAUUCUUGUACUAAACCUAAACAAUACAUAGCUACUAUUUUUAUAGAAUAUAUUUAUUAAAAGAAGAAAUCAGUGCCUUAGUACAGUGUGAAGGUUGAAAACAGAUAGGCAGGCAGGCAGGCAGAGAGAUAAAUAAAGAAACUAUUUUUAUUUCACUUAUAAAGACAACAGCAAGAUUUUAUACAAAAGAUAAUUGUAGCAGAAUGGCUACUAAUGUCCAUAGAAUAAUCAAAUUUAGCAUUCUCCUGGGUCUGAUUACACCAAAAAAAAAAGGAUCAAGAAAACAUUGCAAUUUACAUUUUGAAUUAAAUAAAAAGGCUAAAUAAGAAAAGCCCCCCAAAAUUAGAGUCUACUGGGUAUGUAGCACUAGCCAUAUUAAUUGAUAAAACUGAGGAAGUAUCAAUCAGCUAAUGUGUUAUUUCUUUCUUUAAGAAAAAGGAGGAAGAAAUGGAAGGGAUAAAUAUAUUUAAUUUGACUUAAUAAACAUUUAAUUGUCAAAAGGUUUGGAAUUUCUGAAUUUAUUUCAUUAAAAUGGUGAUGA